UUUAAUGAGAACCUUCACAUCCCCACAGCUGAAUCGAUCGCCAUGAAGUUGGCUGCUGUAUUCCUUCUCGUGGCGUUAAGCUGCAGCUUUGAAACACAAGCAUCUACUGUUUCAGGGAACUGCCUUGCCAGUCUAUUGGAGAAUGGUGCUCCAUCACUUAUUCUGAAGCUUGGAAAUCUUCUCUGCAAAUACCAGCAAGCAAAGGAGACCCAAAACCAGAGCUUAUUCGUUGCUUUCAUCGGUGAGCUAAAGGUGGUUCUGGCAGAAGUUGGAUGUUCUAUGGAUGAUCUUUUGGGGAAACAUGUAGAAACAACCAUUGAUAAUGUUGUGGUGAUUGCAGACAAAGUUGCCCUUGUCCUGUUUGAUAUCAUGAACGGAUUGCCUGUUACAACCAAGUUUAUGAGAGUUGCAUGUGGAACACUGGAAAAUCUUCUAUCAAAAGUUAAAAGUAUAUUGGAAACAGUCAAAAAAACCUUGGAUAACGUUGUGAAUAAACUGGGAAUCCAGCAAAGACCGCACCAUUAAUCAGGACAAGCCAUCUGAUGAGCCAAAAUGGACAGCUCUCUCUCUUGGUGGACAAGGGUUCCAAAGACCAAUAGACCUUUAUUUCAAAAUAGAGAUUUUGUGACCCUGUAACAAAAGGCUUUAAGUAAAAGACAAUAUAUAAAUAUUUGAUUACAUUUAUUAUAUUUAAAAAAAAAAUAUU